GUCCUCUAUGGCAAGAAUCAGAGACCCCACCCAGAUCAGGAGCCGAGCAUUGAACAGCUUUCGGGAUUGAAGGCAUUGUUGGACACAUCACAAUGUCCAUAUGCUGACUUUGCAAUCUUUCAGCCACAUGCAGCACGCAUCAUGAAGAAGAUACGUUUCCAGGGCUUGAUUCUGAACAAGGCAGGGGCCCUUGCACAGGCUGAAAUUUACGGGCCGCCUAACUUGGACAGCUGGAGAGCGUGUUACGAAGUGUGGGCAAAUGCUAUGAUCAUGCUUGAUGCCAUUAAUCUCGGUUCACUGCAGGCAUACAAGUCCAGAAUCGAAAUGCUGAGCGUCAGAUAUGGGGAUGCAAAAGUGUGGCCUCUCCUUUAUCAAGCGGACACACGUGCACGUCUAGAGCACCUUCCAAGGAAGAGGUUGGAGCUUCUCAAGGAGCAUCAAGACGCGACUUCUGCUGGCGGUGCAACUGCCUACGAGCCGGAUAGGCCGUGGAACCUCUCCUUGAGCUGCGUGGCGAAGGACGACAGAUUCUGGGCACAUGAGUUCAUUGAGCCGGCCAUGAUCAUCCUUUCAGAGGGAAAGGGGGUGCGUCCACCUCUGGAUGAAGAUGCCAGGGUGUCACCACAGCAUGACAAGUCAAGAUCAGUUUCAGCGGCAGCAGCGGGGGCAGUCAGACCUCGCAACCACAAUCGCACUGGCCGAGUUCAUGAUCUGGUGGAUGGUCAAUACAGGUCAAACCGCACUGGACAUCAGUUGUGCGCGGACUACAAUGCUGGCAAGUGCACAUCGACAGUUCAAGGAUCUUGGUGCGGCACCCAUCAGAACAAGGCUCACCAAUGUGCAAGAUGCUUGGGUACUCAUCCUUUGACCACGUGCCCACACACAGAACCUCCUCAGCCAGGUUGGAUCAAGAAUGCAGAACGAUCCAAAGGAAAGGGCCGGGGAAAGGGACGUGGGCGUGGCAGACAUAAGGGCGCUGCGCCCUACUGA